AUGUGCCAAAAGCGUCAUCACACUUUGCUACACCCAGGUUUUAUAGAUAAUGAUCCAGUUAAUACGCAUAUAGCUACCACCAAUCAGACACCUAUAUCGGAACACGAGAGCACAAAUCCCGUGCUGUCAGCUGUCACAUCACUGGAGUCAUUGAAGGUUAGCUGGUCUUCCUUUAACGUAGCAGGAAGAAACGUAUUCAUGUUAACAGCCCUAGUAAUUGUCUUCGAUAAGUUUGGCGAACAACGUUUAGCUCGAGUGCUACUGGAUAGCGCAUCUCAACCUAACUUGAUAACAGAACGCUUAGCAAAGCAAUUAGGUUUGCAACGAUCACGAACAAAUGCGAUCAUUAAUGGAGUUGGAGGACAACCUCAGCGGGCCAGAGAAUCUGUUUUGGUUCACCUGCAAUCUAGAAAAACUGAUUUUAAGUUAGACGUUGACUGUCUCAUAAUUAACAAAAUUACAUCGCCAUUACCGUCUCAUGACAUACCGAUUGAUGAAUGGAAAUUACCAACAAAUUUGUUCCUAGCCGAUCCGACCUUCAACAAGUGCGGAGAUAUCGAUAUGAUUAUCGGGAACGAACAUUUCUUCACUUGCUUUACCAAGUCGGCAAAAAUGCAAAUAUGCAAGUCACUACCACUGCUAGUCGAAAGCUCCUUCGGAUGGCUUGUAUCGGGUGUAGCCAACACAGAGAAACAACCCUUCACUAGCGGUAUUUUAGCAAUUUCACUCCAACCUUUAGAAGAGAGCAUUGCACGAUUUUGGGAAAUCGAGGAACUAUCGAAGCAGCCCAAUUAUUCCGUCGAUGAAAAGCAAUGUGAGCAGUUAUAUUCCACUACGACCGUCCGAGACUCAAUACGCAUUCCUCGCCGUUUCAAUUUCGAUGAAUUGCUUGGUGAAACAAAAACAUUGGCUUUACGGCGUUUUUAUCUGCUCGAAAGAAAACUCAACCAGAACAGAAAGCUGAAGGAUGAGUACCAUAAAUUCAUAACGGAAUAUAUCGCUCUGGGUCACAUGAGAUUAGUAGACGUUAGAACACACCCGUCCAAUCGAUGCUGUUUUCUCCCCCAUCAUGUUGUAACAAAAGAAGCUAGUACUACCACCAAGGUACGAGUCGUUUUCGAUGGAUCAGCAAAUACCACAACAGGAAAAUCGCUAAAUGAUGCGUUGCUUGUCGGACCUGUAGUACAAGACGAAUUACUGGCCAUUGUUCUCCGGUUUCGAAUGUUCCCCAUAGCGAUAGUUGCAAUUUUGAUUCACCCUGUCGACACACCGCUGCAACGCAUUGUAUGGCGAUUUCGCGAAACUGAUCCUGUUUUAGAAUAUGAGUUAUUGACGGUCACUUACGGGCUAGGUCCGUCAUCUUUCCUAGCCACUCGCACGUUGAAGCAACUUGCCCUUGAUGAAGGUUACAAAUAUGCACUAGGUGGACCAGCUCUACUAAAAAACUUCUGCGUAGACGAUUUCAUAGGCGGUGCCGAAUCGAUCGACGAAGUUAUACAGUUAAAAAAUGAACUAAGAGAACUACUUAGUAGUGGUGGUUUUCAAUUCCGUAAAUGGGCUUCUAAUGAAAUUAUGGUCCUAGACGGUCUGCCACGAGAUCAAAUCAACACACAGUCUGUUAUGAAAUUUGAAUCCGACAAUUCGAUAAAGACGCUCGGAAUCAUUUGGAACCCGAAAAGUGAUAUACUCUGCUUCAGUCACACAAUACGACCGCAGAAUGGGAACCCCACCAAACGCUCAAUCUUAUCAGGCAUUUCACAGCUGUUUGAUCCUUUAGGAUUAAUAUCGCCAAUAAUUAUUCGCGGUAAACUUCUCAUGCAACAACUCUGGCAGCUAUCCUGUGGCUGGGAUACGGAGGUACCAGAUAGCGUGGCUUCGAAAUGGGCGGCAUACAUUGGUCAACUGAGCAAAAUUGAUCGAUUUUAUAUCAACCGGUACGUUCUACAACCAAACUGUUCUGUUCAGUUACAUACAUUCGCGGAUGCUUCUGAGCUAGCUUACGGAGCCUGCACAUACGCUCGUUCGGUGGGUUCAUCAGGCAAGGUACGGGUCGAACUGUUAGCAUCCAAAUCUAAGGUAGCGCCGCUGAAGCGAUUAACUCUUCCCCGCCUAGAACUGUGCGCAGCGGAUUUGGCAGCUAAACUGCAUACACAUAUAGUUGAGGCACUAAAAAUUGAAGUAGCGGCUUCGUACUUCUGGUCCGAUUCUGAAGUUGUUCUACAGUGGAUUAAAUUUCCGCCAAACACUUGGCAAACCUUCGUCGCGAACAGAGUAUCACAAAUUCAAACCCUAACACAUGACGCACGGUGGAAUCAUGUUGCAGGUAAACAGAACCCAGCCGAUAUGAUAUCUCGCGGAAUGGAUGUUGAUGAUUUGUUGGCAAGCAAAACAUGGAAUCAAGGUUCGGAUUGGCUUGCAUGGCCGGAAUGUCAAUGGCCAAAAUCAACGCUUAACGAAUACCCCUCUGAUGGAGCGGAACGCCGUAAAGAAACCGUCGUAAUGUUAAAGUCUAUAUCAGCGGUAAAUCCGAUGUUCACUAGCAUUUCAUCUUUCAAUCGUUUAGUGCACGUAACCGCAUAUUGCCUCCGGUUUAUACACAACAUCCGAAAAAAAAUUCUUAAUCAACCAAUUAGAUCUAACAAAACUCUUAACACUGAGGAAAUAUCCAAUGCUAGAAACGCCCUCGUUCGAUUAGCACAAAUUGAUGGAUUCAAGGAGGAAAUGCGUGACCUAAAGCAACAAAAAGCCAUUUCAAAACGAUCACCCAUACGCUCACUGGCUCCGUUCAUAGAUUCUAAAGGAAUCAUUCGGGUCGGGGGGAGGUUGAGGUUAUCAUGCCAGCCCUACAGUAAAAAGCACCCAUACCUUAUCCCAAGUUUCCAUCCUCUUGCGCGCCUGCUAGCCAAACAUUUCCAUUUAACUCUCAUCCACGGUGGCGGUCGUUUGACCCUUGCGAUAAUGAGGGAACAAUAUUGGCCAAUACAUGGCAGAAGAUUGAUCCGCAGUACUAUAAGACAGUGCUACCGAUGUGUCCGAGCCGAUCCCGUUCCCCUAACUCAACAUACUGGUCAGUUACCCGCUGCUCGAAUCACGCCAAGCCGUCCAUUCAAUUCCACCGGAAUCGACUAUGCCGGACCAUUGUAUUUGAAACCGAUUCAUAAACGUGCGGCACCAGCAAAAGCGUACGUGUGUAUUUUCAUUUGCUUUUGCACCAAAGCUGUCCAUAUCGAGCUUGUAGGGGAUCUGUCCACUCAAACAUUCCUCUCAGCACUAAAACGAUUCGUUUCGCGACGCGGACGACCAGCGCAUAUUUACACGGAUAAUGGGAAAAAUUUCGAAGGUGCCAAAAAUAUCUUGGAGGAUAUUCAACGCAUUUUGUCUGAUGAACUGUUAGAUUCCUGGUGCAGCGACGAAGGGAUAACGUGGCAUCUUAGCCCUCCUAAAGCGCCACACUUUGGCGGCUUGUGGGAAACUGCAGUCAAAGUGGCGAAGAAGCAGCUAUAUCGGCAACUUGCCAGCUCGCAGUUAUCCUUUGAAGAUCUGUCCACUGUGCUCGCGCAAAUUGAAGGAAGUAUGAACUCGCGUCCACUGGUUCCUUUAUCGGAAGAUCCAAACGAUGUAGCAUGUAUAACACCGGCACAUUUCUUAAUCGGUUCUACUCUGCAUGCGGUACCAGAGCUGGAUUUAGGAAACAUACCGAUCAGCAGACUGGAUCACUUUCAAAAGUUGCAACGUAUUCACCAACAAUUCUGGCAGCAGUGGCAGACUGAGUACUUGCAGGAACUCCAAAAGGACAAUUCUGUUUCCAAUCCAAAUUUCGAAAUCCAGCCCGGUCGCCAUGUUGUAGUGAUGGAUGAGUUUUUAACUCCAACCAAAUGGCCGCUAGCUCGCAUAGUCUCAGUACAUCCAGGUGUUGACAAACUGACCAGAGUAGUGGAUUUCAAGACUGUGCGCGGUAUAAUCAGACGUCCAAUAACAAAAAUCUGUCUUCUCCCGUUCGAUACAACAGAGCCACCGAUCGCAAAUCAAAACAACGUCAUCGAAAUGUCAACGGAAUCGCAAACCAUGAAGCAAGAUUGA